AUGGGAAACUCUGAAAGUGUAGAAAUUCCAGGAGGUGGAACCGAAGGGUACCAUGUUCUUCGUGUCCAAGAAAAUUCUCCUGGUAGCAAAGCAGGACUUCAACCAUUCUUUGAUUUUAUCGUUUCGAUAAACGGAACUCGGUUAGAUAGGGAUAAUGACACAUUAAAAACUGUUCUGAAAAGUGGAAUUGGAAAACAACUUCCUUUAACUGUAUAUAGUUGUAAAUCACAGAGCGUAAGAAGCAUCACCAUCGAACCGAGCGACACGUGGGGUGGCCAAGGGCUCCUAGGAGUAAGCAUAAAAUUUUGUUCAUUCGAAGUUGCAAAGGAAAACGUUUGGCAUAUUCUAGAAGUACAUCCAAAUUCACCGGCACAUUUAGCUGGUUUAAAACCGUUCUCAGAUUACAUAAUCGGUUCCGAUUCAAUUUUACAUGAAAGUGAAGAUCUGUAUAACUUAAUAGAAGGCCACGAUGGUUGUAGUUUAAAAUUAUACGUCUAUAAUUCAGAUGAAGAUAGUUGUAGAGAAGUGACUAUUACUCCUAACUCACGUUGGGGUGGAGAAGGGAUGGUUGGAUGCGGUAUAGGAUAUGGGUAUUUGCAUAGAAUACCUGUCAGAGGAAACAUUGUCCACAUUCCUCCAACUACCACUAUAUUCAAUCAAACCCCAACUAUAUCACCGAAUACAAACCAAAAUACUGAUGUUUUAACUUCACAGAAUGUUCAACAAUCAGUUGUAGUAACUUCAGCUGUGCCAGAUUCCCAACUUAGUACUAGUACAGUUAAUAGUAAUACAAAAGAGACAGUUCCAAUUUAUACUUCAAAUGUACCGGCACCCUCAACGAUUCCCAAUUUUAAUAAUCUGAGUUUUCAGGCUCAACCUGUAGGUGCUGAAAUGCCUGCAUUCGAUAUGAGUAAAUAUGUGGACCAAAAUGUAACUUCGCCUCCUCAAGUUUCUCUUCAUUCACUACCAGCUGUGGUAAAUCCUUUAAUGUAUAAUCCUGCAGAUUAUCCCUCACAUAUUCCUCCUACAAGUCCUACGUAUUCAUAUCCAAUUCAGGAUCAAUCUGGAGCAACGCAAGUCUUUAGCUCUCCUAGUACAAAAACGUUGCCUCCACCACCAUUAUCAGGUUUUCAAAAUCAGCCAAUCAUUUUUGAUCCGCACAUAGCUGCCCAAUCGGCACAACAGUUAUUAAGUGGUAAUCUAACGACGACUAGUAAAGCAUCUCAGAUAAUGUAA